AUGACUAUCAAACCCGUGGUCAAUCAGAAAAGUGCUAAAGAGGAAACGCAGGAGGGCACGCCUCAGAACGUCCAUGGUGUUGGCAGUGCAGGCGUUCGUACGUCGCAUCGUAAUGUAGUGCUUAAUCAGCUGUCGUCAUCGGAAUCACAAGCGCUGCCAAGGGAAAAACGGGUGCUAACACCACACAGCUUCGACAAUGACAGCGUAGUACGUCAUCGUAGGAGCCCACACAAAAACCUUGGGCGUCUAAAGCGUGAUCAUUACCACAAACGGGAAAGCCGCGAACGAGACAAAGCUGCCGGUUCACCAAGCUACCAUCAUCAUGUGCUGCAACCGUCGGCCAGUAAUAAAAAACAGACCACCACCGGCACGAGCGCUCUGAGCAGUGCUGCGGUUGGUGGCCGUUCACCGAAAAGCACUCACCAAUCGUCCGGUGCUAGUGGAUCGCUGCUGAGCACCCACCAGGGUGUGUCGGUCAGCCCAGGAGCUUCCGGAGUUGAUCUCAAUGCCGUACUGGAGGAUGUACGUUCCGGAUAUAACAGUGGCGAUGAAUACUUCGAACCGAAGGACGCACAGUUAACGGUAGACGAGUGGAAGAAGCGUGAUGAAGCGUUCGCGAAGGUCCUGUCCGAACGGGGCUUUAUACUGCACGACAUGGAAGAGGAUGGUGCAUGUCUGUUUCGUGCCAUAUCGCUCCAGAUAUACGGUGAUCAGGAUAUGCACGAAGUGAUCCGACAGCAAACGAUGGAUUACAUUUAUAAAAAUCGCGAAUAUUUCGCUCAGUUUGUAACGGAGGAUAUCGCCGAUUAUGUUGAACGGAAGCGCGCCAACCAUGUGCACGGCAAUCACAUAGAAAUUCAAGCAAUGUCUGAAAUGUACAAUCGUUCUGUGGAGUUGUAUUGUUAUCAAACUGAACCAACCAAUAUAUUCAACUCGGAUCAAAUCAACAACGGUAACGAACCGUUCCGGUUGUCGUAUCAGCGCAGCUCGCACUAUAACGCUAUCGUUAACCCGUACAAAGCGUCCGUUGGCGUUGGGCUCGGAUUGGCCGGAUACCGACCGGAUGAGCUCGACAUCAAGGAGGUGGCCGACGCGGUACGCAUGAGCGAGGAGCUGGAAAUAGAAAAGACGAUGCUGGAGGACAAGCUCAAAACUACCGACUGGGAGGCAACGAACGACGAGAUCGCGGAACAGAUCGCGCGCGAAUCGUACGCCCAGUACUGCCGGGAAAGUCGACUCGGUGCCGGUGGUGGAUCGAGCCAGAACAAAAGCACCAGUAGUACGAUCACCUCCAAGGAGAUGAUGGCGGCCUGUGCUAGCGGAUCACAAGCGGCUUCCUCGUUUCUGCUCGAGCUACGCAAAUCCCCCGCCGCUAGCCAUGGCAACCACCAGUCCGUGUCGGGGCAUGCGAGUGAUCGGGGCGCUUGUUCGUCCAGCUCGAAAAACAGUUCGUUCGAGCUGGACUGCUGUUCUUCACCGUCGUCCUCCCAGCAGCAAUACUAUUACGGCUCCAGCACAAACAGUACAGCCAGCGGUAACAGCACAACCUGCAGCAGUGAAUGUAACCGACGGAAAAAGCGUAAUCUUAACUCACCGAUCGAAAAAACGAACACCGCAGAAACGAAAAAGUGCAAAGCAAACAGCAAUCGUGCAUCCAGCACUACGAACAGUCCCCGUCGUUCGGAAAGCCCCACUGAAGGUAAGUCACCUGCACCUUCUCCACCGAGCACAUCGAGAACAACGCCCCCGACCAGGGAUAGCGGCGAGGAGGAAAGUGGUGGCAGCGGUGGCACUAGCAGUAUGUUUGGAACUCUGCGACCGCAGCUUCCACUGCGCGAUGAAACACCAAUGUCCGAAUUUUAUCAGUCCCUGCUCGAAUCUUCCUACACUGAUGAUGGUAGCUUCGGGCAGCUGUCGGAAAGGGAAAUGAUACAGAAAGCGCUCGAGGAAUCAGCAAUGGAUUUUGUGAAACGGUGCGACGGUUCCAAAGCGUUCCAAGAAGAUAAAUACGGCACAACGGAUGAGGAGUACGAUUCACCAUCACCGUAA